ACUUAGCGGGGUCUGGGGUGGGGGAGCGACUCCACGUAGAAGAUUGGUUGCCCUUGUCCUUCUCACACGUGUUGACGCGGGCGCCCGGGAGAAGGGUGAUGGUGAGACGGGUGGGCGCUCUCGGAGUUAGAGGUGGUCCCGUAGUCGCCUCUCUCUUCCCAUUCAGUCUCCCCACUGCUAAUCCUUCCCAUCCCCCCACCUAUCGCUGUGGGUUAGAGGGAGAAGAAAGGGUCCCCCACUCGCUAGAAGCUGCCUGGGAGACUUCACUGACCGAGCCGAGUCUCCUGAGCCUUAUCCUAUGGGGAUGGGACAGACCGAGCGGAGGAAAAAACAAUUGGAGAUAAGCCUGGGCUGCCAUUCCCCAUCUUCUACUGAAAUAUGAAGACCAAAAACAAACCCACAAAGCGCAGGAUUUUGGCGGACAAAGAGACAUUUCAUGGCGAGCCAACAUCCAGUAAGCAGGACCUGGAGAAAUGUUUGAGGAACAGGGACAGGCGGAAGGGAGAGAAGGUUGAAGGCAACAGCAAGGUAGCGACUGCCAGGAAGAAGUCCUCGUCGGGCAGCCGGGAGAGCAAUCUGAGGAGGCUGGAGAGCAACGAGAGGGAGAGGCAGAGAAUGCACAAACUCAACAAUGCCUUCCAGGCCCUGAGGGAAGUCAUCCCCCACGUCCGGGCCGAGAAGAAGCUCUCCAAAAUCGAGACCCUCACUCUAGCCAAAAACUAUAUCAAAUGCCUGACGUCCACCAUCCUCAACAUGUCCAACGGCUGCCUCCCUCCCCUGGAAGGAGAAGGGUCGGCUCACAACUCCAAGUUCUACCAGCACUAUCAGCAGCAGCAGCGGGGAGAUGAGGAAAGCGAGGACCACCUAAAGAAAUAUUCCACCCAGAUCCACAGUUUUCGGGAAGGGAGCUAGAGGGCCUUUGUGCCUCUGGAGCAGCAUCACGGGAUCUUCAGGCCAGGAGGAAUGGCCUCCAGAAAGGCGCAGCGAUGCCUCUUCACCCUAUAUUUCCAUUGUCUCUCCUGUUUUGGCCACCACCUCAAAUUACCGCGCACAGACUACAGGGUGAUUUUUUUUUUCUCAUCUUCCUUCUAAAAGGUAGCCAGUUACUGAGAAAAACUUGAGCUUGCUCAAUCACCAUCCCCAGAGGGCAUUUUCCACCCCUUAGCCCCAGGGACUGUGUGACUCUGGGCUCCCCCACGUCUCUGGACCCCUGGUGUCCUCUGACUGGCGUUCAAGGCCUGAUUCUUGUAUGAUCCAUUUGAAACGUGCCCUGAGGGGUAGGAAACGAAAACAGAGCCUGUUUUCAGUGGGCGGUGCAUUGUGACCUUUGCGACUGAGAUAUUUCGGACCCUCUCUGGUGUGACAGAUAAUGUUCUAGGACACUUUUUUUUUUUUUUGUGGUAAAUAUCACCAACUGAAAUUGAAGCCUUAGUCUACCUUUCUGCAAUGAAACCUACUUUUUUUUUUUUUGGGUUGGGAACUGUGAUUUAUUCGAUUUAUGUAGGGGAACUCCACUAAUGCAAAUGGCAACUCUCUACCUUAUAGUGUUAGUGACUUGACCACAGUCACACAGUUAUAUAUACAUCAGAAGGGAGAAAUGAAUCUACCUUCUUGACUCUAAUCUACCCAUAAUGCCAUGCUGCCAAUUUAAAUCAAAUAUCAUUCUAUGAUUAAUCUAUAACUAUUUGUUAUAGUAUUCAAGUACUGGAAAGGAUUUUUAUAAUUAUAUGGUUCAACUUAUUUUAUAGAUAAGGAAACUGAGGCUUAGAUAGGUGAAGCAGGGUGGGAGGUUAGUUAGUUUUUUGCUUCUAGAUGAUCAAUGAUAGAUCAGAAAAUUCCUAAAAUAAACUUCAGAGCAGGAGUUCUUCACCAUUUUUAUGUCAUGGAUCCCUUGGGUAGGCUGGCGCAGCCCACGGAUAACCUCAGAAGAAUUUUUAAAUAAUUAGAAGUGGUAAUUUUAUUGACUUCCAUUUAUUAAGAGUUUUUAAUAAUUGAAGAAAAUGCUAGAUUUUAGUUAGAAAGUAGGGAGAAUAGGACAGUUUUUUUUCCUUUCCAAAUUCACAGACCUCCCUUAAAUCUAUGAAGAGGCCCCUUAAAGUCUGUAGACACCAGAUGGAAAACUCUUGUUCUAGAAGGAGCUUUGCCGGAAAAGGGGGGGGGGGAAGAUUAUCUUUUUUUCCUCCUCCUUUUGGUUUUCUCAAAGACCCUAAUAAUGUUUCUCAACAGAAGAGAGAGAGAACCAAAUCCAAAGCAAAACACUGUGUUGGUGAAGUCUGUGCCUCAAUUCUCUCAAUCCACUAAUCUAGACCCCAAAAUGGGGCCCUGCCUUGGGAAGGAAGAACUUUCUGUCCUUGGUACAAACAAGCAGACUUUCUGCAGGGUUGGGGAGAAAUUGUCUGGGUCCUGGGCACCAGGCCACUAGAAGUGUUAGCAUACAGACUCUGAAGUGUUUGAAGGUUUCUUCUUCAUGUGCAUCUGUCCCUGCCGAAGAAAAAUCUGUUGCUUUUCUUCUGUGGAAAUGCUGGCUCUCCCUCACUGUCAGAUUGCCCUGUUCUCCCCAGAAAGAAGUUUGGCCAAGCUUCAUUGUGCUCCCUUUUCUGCUUGGGAUGAACUCUGACAACAAUUCUUCGAAUAGUUGUUUGUGCUCAUUGUGCAUUGUUCCAGGCAAGGGAUGAUGGGGAAAACUGCACACUUCCCCCACCUGCAAGCUGAACACUUCCCUUGACCGCUCGAGCUGCUCUGCUUGUUCCCUCAGUUCCUGUAGAGGUCCCGGGGGGCUCCGGAGCGGAGGACCCCUAAGAAUGCGGACCUACGUUCUUCCCUUAGCCACGUGCCCUGGUGUUUCAGAAAAGAGUGGGGGACUGAACUUAGAUGCAGGAGGGAUGUCACAGGGCUGUUUUUACCUAAUGGAAACGAAGGAGAGAAUAAUGUAAAAUCACACUUUCUACUUGGCACACAGUAGUCUCCCCAAAUAUUACAUGCCUGUGCAGGGCAGACUGGAAUCUCGUUCUGAUUCCCUUUGGAAGGACAGAAGGUUUCUCCUCCAAGGAGCUGAACUGUAAAGCUUUGGGGAGCCUGGGGUGUCCCUGAGCACGAGGGGAAUUGAUAAAUGCAAAAAUGUUAUUUAAUUGUGUUAUUAUAUGAUUAUGUAAUAUGAUGUGAUCACUGAGCUCUAUGCAAUCAUCAGGGAAAUAUUGUGAUGGGACUUUCUUGCAGUUUGCUCCUUAAAGUUGGAAUCCUAAAACCCAGCUCUCGAUCUGUUUUUUGGAGGGCAGCAAAGGGGCAUCGUGGGCUGGAGUCAGGAAGACUUGGGUUCACAUCCAACCUUAGACACGAGCUGUGUGACCCUGGGCAAGUCACUUAACCCUGUUGGUCUCAGUUUCCUCAUCUGUCAAAUGAGCCAGAGAAGGAAAUGGCAAACCACUUCAUUAUCUCUACCAAGAAAACCCCAAAUGGGGUCAUGAAAAGGUGGGCAUGACAGAAAGGAUCUGUUUUAUGAUGCCGUGAUGAGAGGUGGAAAGUUUGAGGAGGUGGCUAGAAACAAGAGGUCUGGGGGGUGCCCAUCCCACACAGGCUCUGUUUCUAGUCCUCCACUAAAAAUGCUGCAUCUUCAGGUCCUCAAUGACAGAAACAAAUCGUUAUUUGAUUAGAGA